AUGAGGAAGUAAACAAUGUCCACAGAAGGAUGAGCACUGUGUUCAUGGAAAAUAAAGCAAAGUUUCCGUAGUGCUGUAGAAGUAGCUGUUAAAAAUCAACCCCGUCGUUUCAAAACGACAUCAAAUUACCCCGCGUGUCUGGUUAUUUUAUCACUUAGCGAAAGAAUAUACGAGCUGAAUGAACCACAUGAGGAGCGGAUAAUCACGGUAUAGUUUGCUACUCUUCAUCAUCUUCAAGUGCCAAUAAGCCUAAAUAUCAUCAUGAUGGCAACUCGAAACAACACAGCCAGUGCUGCUCCAAACAACAAGGUGAAAUACUCCAGGCUGGCAGAUAGUGAUGAAGGCUACAUUGACCUACAGUUCAAGAAAACCCCACCUAAAGUACCCUACAAGGCUAUUGCCCUGGCAACAUUCCUAUUUCUGGUUGGCUCUGUAUUGAUUGUUGUUGGAUCGCUUCUUUUGGCAGGAUGCAUUAAUGUCAUGUACCCGGAUCGCACGAUUCCCGUUCUCAUCAUCGGCAUACUGAUCUUUCUUCCCGGAUUCUAUCAUCUGCGGAUCGCUUAUUAUGCCUCCAAGGGUUACCGAGGUUAUUCUUACGAUGACAUCCCAGAUUUUGAUGACUAGUCAUACUGAAUGCUGUUACUUUUAUGUGUUUUCUGCAGAUGUUGCAUGAUUUGCCUUUAGACUUUCAUUCUCUGUUUACUCUAGAGUUUCUCUAGAAAAGAGAAACUGUGGCACACUGUGCUUUAUCAAGCUGAACAUCUUUACUUUACCAAAAGAAAACAGAAGUGCAAUAUUAAGCAAAAUAGAGUAUUUAUUUAGCUAAAUGCAUUAAAGGCCAACAAGAAAUAUGCUGAUAUUUUCGUAGCUUUUAUAAAACUUGAAAAAGUAUUAUUUUAAAAGCUAGAAAAAUGUAAGUAAUGGAGCAUGUUACUGUAUAUACACUAUCAGUCAAAUGUUUGGACACAAAUUAGGUUUGUAUGCCAAAGAUUAAAUUAAUCUACACUUUCUUUCUUUCUUUCUUUCUUUUUUUUAACUGUGUAAGUUAGUCUGGACAGUGAAGAAAAGUAGCCAAAAAAAAGGUACUGUACAUGUGAUCUUCAGUAUUGUUUAAAAAGUAUCCCAGGAUGCACCUCAUGACGUCCUGAGAAUGUAGAGAAAGGUGGUGACUUUGAAGAUAAAAUAUUGGUAACACUUUACAAUAAAGUUAGUUACAUGAACUAAGAAUGAACAAUACUUCUGCAGCAUUUAUUAAUUUUAGUUAAUGUUAAUUUACUAAUGCAUUAUUAAUAUCACAAGUUGUGUUUGUUAAUAUUAGUUAAUGCACUAUAAACUAACGUGAUUAAGCAAUGAACAACUGUAUUUUUAACUAACAUUAACAAAGAUUAAUAAAUACUGCAAAUGUAAAAUGUCAAAUAUGUAUGUUGCCUCUCUUUUUUAUUUACUAUAUUUUCCUAAUAUACUUCUGUUUGUGUUACCAUACUUGCAUAUUUGUUAUUUUGUAGUUUUAACAAUCUUACCAUUAUUUUAAAAGUACAGUACAACUUUAGACUGAGCAGAUGUGUCCAGACUUUUGACUGCUAGUUUAGUUGCUAUGCAGUAUUGUUUUUGUGGAAUAAACUGGUUUUAUUCA